CCGUCGGCGGCGGCGCCCGGGGCCGGUGGGCGGCGCAUCCCCGGCGCUCCAUCCCCGCCCCGCAGCCGCCCGAGCGGAGCCGCCGCGGCCGGACCCGAUGCCGGGAGCUGGGCGCUGAGGGCGGCCCCGACAUGGGGGUUCUCAGCAUCACGGACCAGCCCCCUCUGGUCCAAGCCAUCUUCAACCGGGAUGUGGAGGAGGUUCGGUCGCUGCUCAAUCAGAAGGAGAACAUCAAUGUACUGGACCAGGAACGCCGGACCCCGCUCCACGCUGCUGCCUACAUCGGAGACGUUGCAAUCCUCGAGCUGCUCAUCCUGUCAGGUGCUAACGUGAACGCCAAGGACACGGUGUGGCUGACGCCGCUGCACCGCGCCGCGGCCUCGCGCCACGAGAAAGCCCUCCAGCUGCUCCUCAAGCACUCGGCCGAUGUCAACGCCCGCGACAAGCACUGGCAGACGCCGCUGCACGUGGCCGCGGCCAACCGGGCCACCAAGUGCGUGGAGGCGCUGGUGCCGCUGCUCAGCACCGUCAACGUGGCCGACCGCACCGGGCGCACGGCGCUGCACCACGCCGUGCACAGCGGCCACCUCGAGAUGGUGAACCUGCUGCUCAACAAAGGUGCCAGCCCCAGCACGUGUGACAAGAAGGACAGGCAGCCCCUGCACUGGGCGGCCUUCCUGGGUCACCUGGAGGUGCUGAAGCUGCUGGUGGCGCGCGGGGCCGAUGUCAUGUGCAAGGACAGGAAGGGUUACACGCUGCUGCACACGGCGGCCGCCAGCGGCCAGAUCGAGGUCGUGCGUCACCUCCUGAGGCUGGGGGUGGAGAUCGACGAGCCCAACUCCUUCGGGAACACGGCGCUGCACAUCGCCUGCUACAUGGGCCAGGACGCGGUGGCCAACGAGCUGGUCAACGUGGGGGCCAACGUCAACCAGCCCAACGAGAAGGGCUUCACCCCCCUGCACUUCGCCGCCGUCUCCACCAACGGCGCCCUGUGCCUGGAGAUCCUCGUCAACAACGGCGCCGACGUCAACUUCCAGAGCAAGGAAGGGAAGAGCCCCCUGCACAUGGCGGCGAUCCACGGACGGUUCACGCGCUCCCAGAUCCUCAUCCAGAACGGCAGUGAGAUCGACUGCGCUGACAAGUACGGCAACACCCCCCUGCACGUCGCUGCUCGCUACGGCCACGAGCUGCUAAUUAGUACGUUAAUGACCAAUGGUGCUGACACUGCCAGGUGA